AAAAUAAGAGAGAAAAAUUCUUUCCUUUGUUCAUUUUUUCAUUUUCUUGGUUUUACAUUACUCUUCUCAAAGCCAAACAAACCCUCGUCUCCCUUUCAUUACCUGCAAAAUUCCCAUUUCCCGAACAAAACCCUAAUAGCAAUCCAAACUUACCCGACAGGGUCAUACAGAUAAUAGCCGAGAAGACUUGUUUAUGGAAAUUGUUGAAUCGCUGAGUUGAAUCGGACGAGGGAGCCACAGAGAUCUGAGUCUAAUCAAUCCAUGCACUGAUGGGUGCUGCAGGCUCCAAACUCGAGAAAGCUCUUGGAGACCAGUUCCCUGAAGGCGAGCGAUACUUUGGCCUCGAGAAUUUUGGCAACACUUGCUACUGUAACAGCGUCUUACAGGCACUUUACUUCUGUGUACCAUUUCGAGAACAAUUACUAGAAUAUUAUGCAAAUAAUAAAAAUUCAGGAGAUGCUGAAGAGAAUCUAUUGACAUGCUUAGCAGACUUAUUUACACAGAUAAGUUCACAGAAGAAGAAAACAGGUGUAAUUGCUCCAAAGCGUUUCGUACAGAGAUUGAAAAAACAAAAUGAGCUUUUCCGUAGCUAUAUGCAUCAGGAUGCUCAUGAAUUUUUAAAUUUUUUGCUAAAUGAACUUGUUGACAUACUGGAGAAGGAGGCUCAAGCUGCAAAAAGUGACCCAGAAACUUCAUCCCCACCUGAAAAGACUGCAAAUGGGCCAAAGAAUGCUCAGGCAAAUGGUGUUUCAAAGGAGCCUUUGGUUACUUGGGUGCACAAAAAUUUUCAGGGAAUUCUUACCAAUGAGACAAGAUGCCUGCAGUGUGAGACUGUUACAGCAAGGGAUGAAACAUUUUUCGACUUAAGCCUUGAUAUUGAACAGAAUAGUUCAAUAACAAGCUGUUUGAAAAAUUUUAGUUCCACAGAGACUUUGAAUGCAGAGGAUAAGUUUUUCUGUGACAAGUGCUGCAGUUUGCAAGAAGCCCAGAAGAGGAUGAAGAUAAAGAAACCUCCUCACAUAUUGGUGAUCCAUCUGAAGAGGUUCAAAUACAUUGAGCAGCUGGGUCGGUACAAGAAGCUAUCUUAUCGAGUUGUGUUCCCACUUGAGCUGAAGCUGAGUAACACCAUGGAAGAUGCAGAUAUUGAAUACUCAUUAUUUGCAGUAGUAGUUCAUGUUGGAAGUGGGCCCAAUCAUGGACAUUAUGUCAGCCUUGUCAAAAGCCACAAUCACUGGCUAUUUUUUGAUGAUGAAAAUGUGGAGAUGAUUGAUGAGUCUGCUGUGCAGACAUUUUUUGGGUCAGCACAGGAAUACUCAAGUAAUACGGACCAUGGAUACAUCUUGUUCUAUGAGAGCCUAGGCGCUAGUAGCAAGAGUUGAGAAGAUGAUGGCUUUGGUUUUACAAGUAGAAGGCUUCAUCGGUUCUUAUUCAUCUCUUAAUCUGAUAAAGGACGAUAUGAUGGUGGCUUGUGGAGAAAAUCAAAGUGCCAAUGAAUCAUCAAAGAGCUCACAUGCCCAACGAUUUCUGAAUUGACUUGUAGGCUUUCCCUUAAUCAGGAAGGAAAUCACUUGUUGAAUAUUUGAGGAAGAAGGUUUCUUCCCCAUGCAAUGGCGAAACUCUCUUCCUUAGAUCUGUUGUGUAUGUAUUGUUUUCUCUCCAUUUCAAUGUUGCAGUUGGCUUGGGUCUCCUUUUAUCCAUGCGCUUCAAUGUCUUUGAUAGCCUUUGUGGCUAUAGUUUUUUAUAAUCUUCUAAGCCUUUGUGGCGCUUUUGGAUUAGACGACUGUGUUUUACCAGGAGAGAAGCGGCACUGAAGCUUUUGGUAUUCAGGUCUGUAAUUGGGUCACACCACAAUCAGGUCUUAAGAUACCAUUUUAUUGUAUGGGUUUCCAAUUGGAUUUUAUUUUUAUUGCUAUGAACUUCGGAUUUUCUUGUAUUGGACUUCUCUAU